GCAUGGUUGAAUAUUGAGUAAGGAUGCAGAACCCUGGAGAGAAACAUGUUUUAUAUCCUCAAGCUCCGGCAGGAUACGGAGAUCCGUCGCAGGUCAACCUCACCAAUCCCGGAGAAAAUCGACCAACCAAUGUGGGUAAAGCUACGUCCAAGGCCGGAGCAUAUGGAGGAUCUGAACUUGGAUCUAUUGUGGGGGGAGCUGUGGGACCUCCUGUCAUUGGAUCCAUCAUAGGAAACCUAGUUGGAGAGAGGGUCGGAGAGAAGGCAAUUAAUGAAACAGGAUUGAAUAAGUUUGCAACGAAGACAGGAGACAAGUUGUCUGGUGUUAUAGGAAGAAAUAACGUAGAGAAGAUGAGUGAAAUAACCUUGAGUGCUCUGGGAUACUCGGAGACUGAAGAAUGUGUUUGUUGUCCCUGUCUUCCUGCUUCUCAGGUUUUGUUGGUUCUUGCUAUUCCUUUCUUCUUCUUCAACUUCUAUAAAUUAGGGUUAGGUGUCUCUUACGACUCUGAUUGUUCUAAGAUAGCUCCGGAUAAGAAUUACACCUUUAAUUCCACAGAUGAUAUUCCUGAUAUUUAUCCUUGUGAGUUUGGUUUCCACUACUUGGUUGUAUCCGGAGCAGUUUGGAUUGCGCUGCUUCCGUUCUGGAUUUGUGGAUUGUUUGGUAACUGCUGGAGACAAUGCUGUUGUUGUUGUUGUGAUCCAGUAGUUAUCUGCUCUACUGUUGUAGACCUACUCCAGAGAUGCUGCUGUGAAUGCGGAAACUUUAAACUUUGUGAAGUUCUCUGGAUGAUUCAUUGUCUCUUUCAUAUGGUUUGGUCUGUUCUAGCCUUGGCCUGGUUAAUUGGUCUGCAGUUGGAUCUUCCCGUCCUGGAGUUGAAGGAUCAAAUUGAGGUUCCAGGUUGGAAUGUUCCUAAACCUGUCUCCAAUACUGUGAUUGCAUCCAUAGUUCUAGACUUCGUCCUCGCAGGCUCAGAACUCUUUCAUAGGAUUAGGGUUAAACUCAGAGCAGGACAGACAGUAGAACACUUGGAGAUGGAGGAACAGAGGCAGGAGUUACAUAAACCUUACUAAACCAGUCUUCAUCCUUACUAUCGGAGACAGGAGAUUCAUAAACUUCUUCAUCCUUACUACCAGAGACUGGAGAUACAUAAACCUUACUGAACCAGACUUAAUCCUUAUUAUCAGAGACAGGAGAUACAUAACCCUUACUGAACCAGUCUUCAUCUAAUUUACGAUCCGCUUCGUUAUGAUUUAAUUGUUUUAUCUCGGAGUUUUAAGCCAUUUAACAUUAUUUUUCUCUUAAUCUUAACCUUGCCGCUCAACCUGCAACCAAUGCACUAACAAAAUAUUAAAUGUACAUAAAAGUAUGAAAUAUGUACAAUAUUUAUGUAUUUAUAUGUAAAAGCUUAAUGUACAGUUUCUUAGUACAGCUUUCAAGUCUUCCGCUACCCAGCUUUAAUUUAACUUAUAUGUAAACUCAGCAGACAGUACUGAAAUAACGUUAUUUAUUUAUUAAUUACAGUAAUUAUAACCAGGAAUGUUUAUAUGACCCUCAGUGUUGUCAAUUAAACUUAGAAACACUCAAUUCGAAUUUUCAGAUCUGACCAUACAGCUGUGAAUAAAAUCUCAAGCAACUGAACUUUAAAUUGUCUCAAUUCAAUGGUGUUUCAAACUCGUUUCUCCAGGGUUACCCAUAAAGGAUUAGGUCAUAAAGACGUCUGUACGAUUGCAUGCAGCUUUCUUUGCCAAAUCCUCAGUAUUCGUCUAAAAGAAUUCAUUUAAUGAAGAAAAUUUAACCUUGAGAUCGUUAUAUGUAGAGUUUCAGGUAGUCAUGAAAAUCGCAUCUUUUGUGGGUAACCCCACAUAUAUUGUAAUAUACAAUAUACAUAUUAUGAAAUUAGUAACAAAUAUAUUCUAACAAAAAAUUAGUUGUGUAAGAAAUAUAUUUUGAAAUAAAUCUUAUUGCUUAAA